AUGCCUCCUCUAUCGCGCUCAAACUCAUGCGUUGAUAUCGACUUUACCCUCAGACGCCAGUUCAAGAAGUCGUCCUUUAGACCUCAGCAGCGGGAAAUCAUCGUCGCGGCUCUCGACGGCAAAGAUGUCUUCGUCCAGGCCGCCACGUCCUUUGGCAAGAGUCUCUGCUUCCAACUCCCUGCCUGCAUUGACCACGGCAUCACCGUUGUCGUUUCGCCACUGCUCAGUCUCAUGAUGAAUCAGGUCGAAGCUCUGCGAUUGGCGGGCAUCGACGCCAGCUCCUUAAACAGCAACACGCCGCCCCGCGAGAGAGAUCGCAUCAAUCAGGAUUUGGCCAGCGGUCACCCGCGUAUCAGGCUGCUCUACGUCACCCCCGAGCUGUGCUCUGGCGACUCCUUCAGAAAACGCCUCAAGUUGGUCCACGAGCAAUGCGAGCUGUCGCGCAUCGCCGUCGACGAGGCGCACUGCAUCUCGGAAUGGGGCCACGAUUUCCGCAAAGACUUUAAGCGUCUGUCAUGGUUUCGAGAGACGUUCCCAAGCGUGCCCAUCAUGUGUUUGACAGCCACGGCGAACCCAGUGGUUCGCCAGGACUUGCUCAAGACCCUUGGUCUUCUAGAGCAGCCUGACAGGCUUCAAAGCUUUGUCAUGUCUGCGCACCGUCCCAACCUGCAUAUUGAAAUUAGGUACACCAAGGACCAGGAUGACAACCGCCUUUCUGAUUUCCUCGCCUGGAUACGUAGCGUGUAUGACAGAAGAAGAGAAGAGCCGCGCAAAUCAGAGCUCGAAGCUGCUGGCGAGAGAGUUGACAACGUCUCUGGUAUCAUCUACACCAUAUCGAGAGACGAGUGCGAGUCGUUAGCCGGACAGCUGAGCAACGAAGGCGUGGGGGCAAGGCCCUUCCACGCGAAGCUCACCAAGGAGACCAAUGAACAGACGCUGGCCCGUUGGGUGAACAACGAGCCCGGAUACGACGUCAUCGUGGCGACCACGGCCUUCGGGAUGGGCAUUGACAAGAACGACGUCCGGUUCGUCGUCCAUUGGCGGUUGCCCAAGUCGUUCGAGGGGUACUACCAAGAGGCGGGGCGCGCGGGCCGAGACGGCAACGCCAGCUUCUGUUUCCUGUACUACAGUCGAGAAGAUUUGCAGCGCGUGCAGAGCAUGAUUAGGAAAGGCAACCGCGACGGCUCGAACUGGGAGGCGCAGGCGAAGAGACUGCAGAAGCUCGCGCUCUACUGCGAGGACACGACGUGCUGCCGCCACGCGCAGAUAUGCAAGUACUUUGGGGAGAGCGAGGUGCCCAAGUGCGACUUCGCCUGCGACUGGCACAAGGACGCCUCGGGUCUCCAGAGGCGGAUGAUGCGCGGCUUGGCGGACGAGGAAUGGGUCAGCACACAGGCUGAGUACGGCCGAUAUGAAGGCUAUUAUGACGACUAG